UUGUGGCUUUUCAAAUUCGGCUUUACCUAGAGGCUUGAGCCAAAAGGAGAAGAAAAACUCCAACCCGCUCUUACCUCGUUUCCCCUAACCUUCAAAAACCCUUGGCAUCCCUCUCCGACCAGGAUUCUUGUGUGUGCCGGCCUAUGAGAGUUGGAGCAGACAGAGGCCUGUCGCGUUGAAGGAAGUUUUGGAAGAGCAACCAAGUAUCAUGGAACACAAACAUAAGCUUUUCGCUACUGAAAGUUCUCAAGCUCAAGGAACUUGUCCCAACUAUAUAAUAGAUAGAUUAAGUAAUCUUCCAGAUGAAGUGGCUCAUCAAAUUCUAGCAUUCCUCAAUUUUAAGGAACUCAUUCGAGUGGGUAGCGUUUCCAAAAGAUGCAGAGAGCUCUUUCUUUCUACCCCUUCAUUGGUAAUUUGUUCACCAGACUCAGGAAACAAGCAGAAGCAUUUGAACUUACUGAACUCUUUUGAUAGAUUCUUGCUUCAUCGUGGGGAUAAUAAGAUACAACGCCUUUCUGUUAGUUGGUGUAUCAGUUCAGGCCUCGCCAACAAGAUUUUUCGUAUGAUCAGGUGGAUCCAUAUUGCGGCAAAGUGUAAUGUCGAAGAGCUUGAUUUUGCAUUGAAUGGCAAGCAUACACCUGCAUUAGAACUCCCAGCUUGCAUCUUUCUUUGUGGAUCUUUGAGGUCACUAUUGGUGUAUGUGGAUACAAUUCUUAAAGCGCCCUCAUUUACUUGCUCAAGUAAUCUCCAAUGCUUAACGUUAAAAAGUGUUACGAUGGAUGAAGGGUUUUGCAAAUGGAUCUCAAGUUCCUGCAAAUGCAUUAAGAAAUUGCAGCUUAGUUAUGUUUCAAUAGAAAAUAUCACCAUUGAAAGCUCAUCUUUGGAAUCAUUUAGUUUGGUGGGUUCCUCUUUACGUGGCAUUCGCUUAUGCCAUCUUAACAUUUCAUGUGAGAAGCUUAUAGAUAUACAUAUAGAGUUUUAUAAUUUGGACAGCAGCAGCAAGUCAAUGAAUAUUUUUGCUCCAAAUCUGAAGUAUUUGACAUGGAUCGGAAGUAUAUUGAAUUACCAUAAUCUUGGGAAAUUAAUGUGUUUAGAAAAAGCUGAGAUUUUUCUGAAGCGUAAGAAAGAUGACUAUGACUUUGACAAAAUAUUUGAGGUUCUGUGCAGCAUCCGCAAGGUUAAAGCUCUUAUUCUAAGUGAAGAUACCACACAGGCACUGUUCAGGGAAGGUUCCAUGCAACUACAGUUCGAUGAUAUUUCUUACUUGAGCUUGCAUGCUGGGGGCGUGUUUGAUGACCUUGUCCCAGCUAUGGUCUCUCUUUUGAGAGGAAUGCCUAACUUGAAAACUUUGCACAUAAACUCUUACCCUCGAUUCUUUGGCUCAAAAUCGUGCAAGUUUAAUAGGAAAUAUUGGAAAUCCCAAAACUUGGACUUUGUUCAUCGUCUCGAGGAGGUAAAAAUAGAGCUUUCCAACGGGUACAAUGGAAUGGAGUUUGCAAGGUAUAUUCUGGAGCAUGCUCAGAAUUUGAAGAAAAUGGUUAUACAUUAUCCACCUCAGCAAUCAUAUGUUGAAGGGAGGUUAAGCAAAAGCGAGAUGAUUUCUACUACCUCCAUUGACUAUCAGAAGGAUCUGCAUAAACUACAAAGCUGGUCUGAAUCUGGUACUUACUAUAGGUAUUUGAUUCAGGGAAAGUCGGCCUAAUAUUGUAAUGUUUGUUCGUGACUGUAAUGCGGAUUAUUUUCCUCAGAACCUAAUAUUCUAAGUUUCGCUUCUGUUCUCAACAGUUGAGCUAUAUUGUGUUCGGUGUGCUGUUUCAAAUUUGUUUACAGAAGUACUAGUAAGCAAGAAAUCUAGUUGCCGAUGAAUCGGUUUUUUCC